UGUGUUUGCUGCUGGCUCCCCUCUGUCCUCCAUUAAAGCUCGGCUCCAUCCCCGCUGUACGGCGCAGGCCCGAAGUAGCGCAGCCGCUCUGAGUCAUUGUAUCCAGCUGUGCAGACUCAGUGGUCAGUAAUGGAGGAGCACACCGUUCACCAGACGGAACACAUGACCACCAUUGAGGCCAACGCUGUCCAGCAGGUACAUGUGACCACAUUUACUGAAGCAUCCAUGAUGAGCGCUGAGGAAGACUCAACAUCGUCACCAGAUGAUGAUCCAUAUGACGACACAGACAUCCUCAACUCAGCUGGCACUGACGAGAUCACCGCCCACCUGGCCGCUGCAGGGCCAGUAGGCAUGGCAGCAGCUGCUGCUGUGGCAACUGGUAAGAAAAGAAAGAGGCCUCACAUCUUUGAAUCCAAUCCCUCCAUCCGCAAGAGGCAACAGACUCGCCUGCUCAGAAAACUGAGAGCUACUCUGGAUGAGUACACCACCAGAGUGGGACAGCAGGCCAUAGUGCUGUGUAUCUCUCCCUCCAAACCCAACCCAGUGUUCAAGGUGUUCGGUGCUGCUCCCCUGGAGAAUGUGGUGAGGAAAUACAAGGGCAUGAUGUUAGAGGACCUGGAGAAUGCACUGGCUGAACACGCCCCAGCUGGCGGAGAUCUGGCCUCAGAGCUGCCCCCCCUCACCAUCGAUGGUAUCCCUGUCUCUGUGGACAAGAUGACCCAGGCCCAGCUGCGAGCGUUCAUCCCAGAGAUGCUGAAGUACUCGACGGGUCGAGGGAAGCCUGGCUGGGGGAAGGAGAGCUGCAAGCCAUUAUGGUGGCCUGAAGACAUCCCUUGGGCUAACGUCCGCAGUGACGUCCGCACAGAGGAGCAGAAACAGAGGGUUUCUUGGACGCAGGCGUUGCGGACCAUUGUAAAGAACUGCUACAAGCAGCAUGGCCGCGAGGAUUUGUUGUACGCUUUUGAAGACCAAAUAACCACAACAACCACUACCCAGCACCACCUGACCACCGCACAAAGCAUUGCACACCUUGUGCCUUCACAAACCGUGGUACAGACCAUCAACAACCCCGAUGGAACAGUCUCGCUCAUCCAGGUCGGCACUGGACACACAGUUGCCACUCUGGCAGACGCCUCAGAGCUACCCGGUGUGACGGUGGCACAAGUCAACUACUCCACAGUAACUGAUGGAGAGUACUUCCCUGUCCAGGUGGAGCAGAACUGGGCCACGCUCCAGGGCGGGGAGAUGACAAUCCAAACCACCCAGGCUUCAGAAGCGACGCAGGCCGUAGCAUCCCUGGCUGAAGCUGCUGUCGCUGCCAGUCAGGAGAUGCAGCCCGGAGCCACUGUCACAAUGGCUCUCAACAGUGAGGCAGCAGCCCAUGCUGUAGCGACGUUGGCAGAGGCCACUCUACAAGGAGGGGGUCAGAUUGUCCUGGCAGAGACAGCAGCUGCUGUUGGGGCGCUGGCAGGGGUUCAAGAUGCCACAGGUCUCGUCCAGAUCCCAGUCAGCAUGUACCAGACUGUAGUGACCAGCCUUGCCCAGGGCAACCGGCCUGUCCAGGUUGCCAUGGCACCUGUUGCCACACGCAUAGACAACACUGUCACACUGGACGGCCAGGCGGUGGAGGUUGUAACGCUGGAACAGUGACAAUUAAGAUCCUGGAAGGAGUAGGAGGCACUGAAUGGCCACCAUGGGGAUUUGUUUAUCCUACUUUUUUCCAAGACAUCACGCUGUGUACAAUGUCAAUAUAUUUUUAAAUGUACGUCUGCAGGGGAAGUCAAAGUGAGUUUUCAAUUCAUCGUGUUUACUGUGUAAAGAAAUUGCUUUUGUUGGUGUUUUUUUUUUUUUUUCUCCAUUUAGCCUCAUGUGUUUUUUAGCUCUGUGAUGUUAGGUAUUUAUUUCUUUACAAUUAACCUUUACCUAAAACAAAGAUGAACCAAAAAACCCGGGAGGAAAGCCACCACUGCUUCACCCAGAGUGUGUAACUAUUACUGUUCUGGAUUUUUGUUUUUUCGUGUGCUUGUCUGUUCUUUUUUUUUUCAGGAUGCAUUUAUAUAAUUCGGUGCCAUAGUCAGAAAUCACUCGUCUCUGAUUCCUGUGAUCACGAUUCUAAAAAUUUCAACUUUGUCACCUCAACUCACCUUGAGCUGUCUUAGCAUAUGAACCAGCAUCUGAGCUGUACACACUCCCAACACUUGUGUCAUAAGAUGAUGUAAUAAUACGUUGAAAUACCAUCUCGUCAUGUGCUUUUCCCCCCGUGCUGUUUUACUGUAGUCCACGCACAUGCCAAGAUUUGUGAAGACUCAGGAUAUAUACAUCAAGGUGUUUUUUACUGCUGGAAUUGCUGAGCUGACUUCCUGAAGCAGCCAUUUUGUCUACCAAGUCACGUUUAAAUUUACAGUGGAUGGAUAGGAGCACCUCUUGGUAUGUUAUUUUUUAACAUGAACUCGUUUGUAUGUCACUUAGGGCUUGGUGGUCUGCUUCAUUUUGUAUGGCGCAGGAAGUCGGUCAUACUUGGACAGGAGCUGCAGUAUUUGUGAUGCAAAUGUCAAAAAAAAAACAUUUCUUCUAUCCUGCAACAACAAUUGCUUGCCAAGAAUCAAUUAAGUUCGAUGCAGCUGUAACAGUUGGUUCGAAAAUCUCCAAACUCAUGUAUUUAAAAUGUCCAAUAAAAAUGGCUGCUGUUC